CGCGAGAUCUUGCGUGGGGCAGCAGUAGUAAAGCGAAUAAAAGUGUCUUUUUAAAGUGAACAAGUGUGCCAUCAUGAGCACCGCUCCGCAGGCGGGACCGUCCGGCAUUGGGCAAAUGCGGAGAACCAAGAACCGCUGGACGACCACCAAAUUGGAGCACCUUGUGCGAGUGUGGAGCUACUACUAUAAAGACCUGCAGUUGAAACGGGAUCAUCCGGUGCCGAUUUACCGUCGCAUUGUGGACGAGAUGGUGCGGAAAGGGUACAGUGCAUCUUUAGAAGAUGUCCGGGGACGCAUCCACAACCUAGCCGCCAAGUUCAGAAAGGAGGCCGUCCUAUCUCAAGCCUCUGGGCGACCAUCGAACUGGCCGUUGUUCUACCAAAUCCAAGAGUUCAUGAAUUAUGAAGUGCCGCAGAUGGAAGCAGAACCAAAGCUACGGGCAACUACGUAUAUUAUAAACAGCGGUGAGAUUUUGUCUACGGAACCGCAAUAUCUGGAGGAGGAGCGGUUAGAGGAAAACGGUGAAUCGCAGAAGGAGACGCUAAGCGACGAUAAAGCGAUGGAAGUAGAACACCUCGAAGAUGACGGCCUCGAAGAGGAACGCCUUGAAGAGGAGCGUCUGGAAGAGGAGCGUCUCGAAGAGGAGCGUCUCGAAGAGGAGCGUCUCGAAGAGGAGCGUCUCGAAGAGGAGCGUCUCGAAGAGGAGCGUCUCGAAGAAGAGCGUCUUGAAGAGGAGCGUCUCGAAGAGGGGCGUCUCGAAGAAGAACCUCUCGAAGAGGAGCAUCUCGAAGCGGAACGUCUCGAAGCAGGACGUCUCCAAGAGGAACGUCUCGAAGCGGAACGUCUCGAAGCGGAGCGUCUCGAAGAGGAAUGUCUUGAAGAGGAUCGUAUCAAAGAGAAUGAAGAAUCAGACCAGUCACAGGAUAAAGAUAUCGUUCAGAACCAGCCAUCUUUGCCACAGAGACCGUUAUUGAAGGAAUUGCAGGAAGAAAUACAACAGAAACAAAACAAACUACAGCAACAAGCAAAAGCCCGGCAACAGCAAAAAUUGCCUCAACGGCAGCUUGUGCCGGCACAGCAGCAUCCACGGCAAACAAACCAGCAACAGCAACCAAAGCUAACCGAGCAGCAGCAACCGCAUAAAAUGGUCCGACAACCGAUACCAUCGACGACGCAACGACAUCCACCGCAGCACCGACAAGAACAGAAACAGCAAAACCGGCAACAGCAGCUACAAGAACAGAGACAACAAAACCGGCAAGAGCAACAGCAACAUCAGCCGCAUCGACAAGAACAGAAAGAGCGACAUCAAACGCAUCGACAAGAUCAGAAACAGCAACACCGGCAAGAACAACAGAAACAGCCGCAGCGACAAGAGCAGGAACAGCAAAACCGGCAAGAACAACAGCAGCAUCAGCGACAAGAGCAGAAACAGCAAAACCGGCAAGAACAACAGAAACAACAGAAGAGGCGAGAACAGAAACAGCAACACCGGCUAGAGCAACAGCAACAUCAGCCACAUCGACAAGAGCAGAAACAGCAACACCGACAAGAACAACAGCAGCAUCAGCGACAGGCACAGAAACAAAAACGCUGGCAGGAGCUGAAGCAACAGCAGCAGCUACAUGAACAACAACAGAGAUCACAACAGCAAUGGCAGCGCAAACUGCGGAGAAUACAACAUAAACAGCAAAAAAUGACGACCGACGAUGAUACGUGCGGAGAAGAGACACCUUCACCACCGCCAACGCCUCCGCCACCACCACUGAGGACAUUGAAGCACAAAGCAAGCGAGAGUAGAACAACAUCAAAAGACCGGUCACGAGAACCGAGGCAAAGGUUACUGCAAAUCAAAAGCAACCAUCGUUUGGAGACCAUCGACGAUUACUAUGCGAAGCUGUACUGCAAUAACAUGCUGGCCGACGUGACACUGGUUGUGUGGCACGAGGGCGAAACGAUAACGCUUCCUGCACACCGUGUGAUACUGUGCAACCACAGUCCGUACUUUGCGGCUAUCUUCGAAAAAGUAAGCGCUAUUGUGGGCUUGGGUGCAGUUUUGAUGAUACUCCCGACGGAUAUACCACUGAAAGUGAUGGAGCUGCUGCUACAGUUCAUCUAUUCCGGGGAAGCGUCUAUUCCGGCCAACAUGAUCGACGAUGUGUGGCGCUGUGCCGUGCAAUUGAAGAUUCGUGGGUUCUGGAGUGAAUCGAGGGGUGAAUCCAAUGAACCACUGGUCAGUCAACCGGAACAGCAGCUGAACGCUGGGCUUCCAAGUGCGGUACACGAGAAGGUGCAAUCAGAUCGUAGGCGAAAUGGUGGUACAAAGCGUGGGCGAAGUCGUUCGGAAGAAAUAGAGGAGAACAGUAGGCAGGCUAGAAAGAGAGCUCGACGGCAUGAGCCAUCGCCAUCGCCAUCGCCAUCCCCAUCCCCAUCGCCAUCCCUAUCGGAUGUGGAUGAGUUCGAUAAGAUCGAGCUGAUCGAGGUGUCGUCCGAGCUUGGUUUUGAUCUUUUGCGUUCGGACUUGGACGAGGAUGGGGAUGAUGCCGAUGGGGAAUACGCCGACGAUAACGAGGAGGAAGAGAUGGAUGAGGACGAAGAAGAGGAGGAGGACGAGGGUGAGGACGAGAAUCACGAGACGAACGAAGAAGACGAGGAGCAGGCUACCGGCGAAGAAGAUGAAGCGCGCAGCAUCGAUGAGUUUGAUGAUGAUGUUGACGGUGAGGAGGAGGAGGAGGAGGAGGAGGACAGUGAAGAGAGUGACGAAGAAGAUAGUGACGGGGACGAUGGGGAUGAGUAUGAAAUCCUGGGCGUGGAUGAUAACGGCGUCGAAGAGGACGAGGUUGGGCAAGCAGUAAAGAGUGAAAGCCCGUGCGAUGAAGCUGAACAGGAGCCAAAGGAAGGAACGGCUGAACGAAACAUAGCCAUUGACCAACCUCCUGAUACACUUGAGAGUGUACAGGAGAGCGUAGACAACCCAACCGUGUCGUGCGUGAAACCUGAAGCCGAUCUGACACCGCCACCUUCUUUCCCAAACUCGCCACAGGAAGUAGGGUGCGAAACCAAACUAGAAAUCAACGGCGGCGUAAUUAAGGUAGAGAGCAACGGCUACGCAAGUAAUGGCGUAGUGGGCGAUGUUGGUUGCCAAAGUAACAGCGCUGCCAGUAGGCUACCACCGGUGGUGGGAACCAGCGUGCAGCCCAGUAGCCGGGUUCGGAUCGAUUCCAGCAUGAAUCAAACGAGCCAGCAACGUGUCGCCGUUACAACACCCUUCGCCACACGCGGUCCAGUUGCAGUCUAUCGGAAACGACAGUACCGGAGUUUCACAUGCAAACUGUGCCCAAUGAACUUCACCAUGGCGGACAAUUGGUUGAAGCACGUGGAAAAGACGCAUGCCCGGGACACGCGGAAUCUGAACCGGUUCGCUCUUCAAGUGCAGGAUAAGCCAACGAAGUCGUACUGCUGCGAUUUGUGUCAGAAGUGCCUUACGUCCGAGUUUGACUGGGUGCAGCAUGUCAUCUGCCAGCACACCGAGCUCUAUCCGCACUACUUCGCCGAGUCGUUCGGAGUGACGCCGCCGGAGUGACGGGUGUUGUAAACGACGAUCCGCGUGCCGACCACUGUGUGGUCCCGCAACCUUUUGCCACGGUCUCACAGUAGCAUCCGUUUGCCAUGUACAAAUUCGAAACUAGCGGUAAGCGGUUUAAGGAGAUAGUUAAGUUUUACAAAGUUCAGCAGAAUCCGCCGCCAAUCACCAUUCGUGCUGUGUACGUUUGCUGGCCUCCAGGGAGAGAGAGAGAGAGAGAUAAUAGGAAUAUAUUUUUCGGGCGAUUAUCCCCAAAUGAAUGAAUGAAUGAAUGAGACGCCAGUGCUGCGACAAUGAUUUCCGGGUUCAAUCUCAAAUCAAACGCAAUUGUACAA